AUGCUGAGGCAAUCCCGCCGCCUCCUCUGGAGGUCAAGGGGCCUCAUCUAUUCUGCCCUGGCCAGUAUCUUUGUGUGCUCCCUGCUGCUGAGCGCCUCCUCCGAUGGCGGCUACCGCGUCAUCCCUUGGACUGUGGACGCGAGCGGUACCGCUGUUGGUGCCGAUGCAAGUGGAGGCCUUCUCAGAAAACCCAAGGGGAACCGCAAGCCGACCUCCAAGGAUUACGACGACAACCGCGCUAGGUGGCUGUUCUCCAAAGAAUGGAAUGAGACGGGAGCACUGCCCGGCGCUGGCGCGAUCUACGGGAAGACCCUUUCCAAUCUGACCAACAGAGACAAUGUCUCAUCUGACACGCGAUUGCACCUCACGGCUACCACCGACAGCCCAUCCUACACCGAUGAGGUGCCUUAUAAUUUUAAUCCGUACCCGAAGUACGACAGCGACGAGUGGAAGAAGGGGCACAGAGCCGACUUCGUGCCCUGUGACGGGCCCGCCGGCCGCAAGUUCAAGGAUGUUCAAGUUUUCCGAGGCCGCCCUGAGAUGUUCCCCGAACCCAGCUUCGGGAGCUACGACCUCUUCGAAAUAGAUCCCAACCUUUGUUACGAGAGGGACACGAGGCUAGGACAGUACGGCAUGCAGUUGCAGGCGGAUGACGAUGGCCGGCGGCUGGACUGGACCAAGAUCGAGUGGGGGAAGCUGCAGACAGAAUGCGCCGAGAGAAACAAGGCCCGAUUCGACAGGUCAGGCACAAUAGGCGAUAGUGGAGUGGGCCGCUAUGAGGCCGCGGUGAGUGCAUCGCAAGCUGGAGCGACCGCGGACGAGCUCAAGAAGCAGAGACAGGAGCCGCGGCUCAAAGAGCGGGCUGUUGUGGACGCGGACACAACUGAGCACUGGAGCUCGACGCCCCCGACCAUCAGGCCAGAGAACCCAGCGGAGCACCGAACGGCUAUCCUGCUCAGGUCAUACACGGGAAAGCAGUACACCGAAAACGACAGGCAUGUGUUGAGGUCGCUCAUCACCGAGCUCUCCCUACGUACCGGCGGACAAUAUCAAGUCUACCUCCUCGUGCAGGUCAAAGACCAUCUCGAGGACCUGGCGCUGUGGGAUGCCGCAACGUACAAGUACGUGCUGCAAACGCAGGUGCCCAAGGAAUUCCACGACAUUGCAAUUCUCUGGGGCAGCUACCAGGUUCAGGAGAUCUACCCUCUACUCGAACCCACGGAUGCUGCAACGGUCCACAAUGCCCAGUGGCUGUCCGUGCAGAAGUUCAUGAUAGAGCACCCCGAGUACGACUACGUCUGGAACUGGGAGAUGGAUGCCCGCGUGAUGGGCCAUCAUUACGACAUGCUCACCAAAAUCGAGGAGUUCGCCAAAAAGCAGCCCAGAAAGGGUCUGUGGGAACGAAAUGAGCGCUUCUACAUACCCUCUUCUCAUGGCGACUACGACACCACGUUCCGCACUCUGGUGGAGAAGGCCUCGGGCAAGAACACGGUCUGGGGCCCUCCCGAUCUGCCUUUUAUUAAGCCUGUCGGCCCGAAGCCGCCCGUCUCAUCACCAAGCAAGGACAAUUACGAGUGGGGAGUCGGUGAGGAAGCCGACCUGAUCACGCUGUCUCCGAUGUUUGACCCAACCGACAGCAAUUGGAUUCUGAGAAACCAGGUCUGGCAGUACAACGACACCAAACACAGCUCGAAGAACCUGCCCAGGCGAGCAACCAUCGUGACACAAUCACGUCUGUCGCGGCGUCUUGUGGAGGCGAUGCACGAGGAAAACAAGGUGGGCAACCAUGUUGGCUCCGAGAUGGCUGCGAACACGGUGGCUCUUCUCCACGGGCUCAAAGCUGUCUACGCCCCAAUGCCUGUCUUUAUGGAUCGACCAUUCCCCCCGGAGAGCCUGCAAAAGUGGUUCAAUCCCGGACCAGGAGGUGUCAGCGGCGGACCCGGCAGUGCUAUGGGCUGGGGUCUCGAACACCGAUUCCAGGGCAUUACAUGGUACUACCGCUCAGUCCCGCCACAGCGGAUGUACAAUAACUGGAUGGGCUACUCGGACGCGAACAUCGGAGGCAGAGGCUGGGAAGACAAGAACGGCCGUCCGUGUCUGCAGGCUAUGAUGCUCCACCCCAUCAAGGACAUUGUGCCGACUUGGCCCGGUUACACAAGCACCUCGGACCUCCCGUACAACUGGUGGGACGACUUUCGCUCAGAUGAAGAGAAGGCCAAGGAUAAGAAGAUAACCCCGAAGAAGAGCUCAAGGAAUUAGGGGCCUUGGGAAGAGGGUCACAACGAUGAAGCCUGGCGUCGAAAUCGUUUCCCCGCCCCAUUACCGGCUCUUUCGGGGCUUGAAGGGCUGUGGUAGCGCUUCUGCCUAUAUGGCUGCAGUCCCGAAACGGCCAUCUCCAGAGGGCGAAGCCAGCGAUACCAGGGACGCAUCAACUCUACUAUUUGCCGUGAUCUGACCUGGCAUGGCGUGGCUUGCUCGGAGACACGCACAGAGACCAGAAGCAGAUACGAGCUUGUCUUACGACCUUGACUUUGUAUCAACCACACUCGGUGUUGUCGCCCGUCGCGACCUCCCGAGAAAAUCAUUCUGUCAAUUACCUUAGCGAGGCGUUCCGGUGUGUAUUUUGGACAAGGUGGGCCUUAGACGGACAGUGGUAGAGCCGCUGUCGAGGCCAACAACACUCCUGUAUAUGAGUAGCAAGCAGCAGUUGCUCUGAGGAAGCAUUGGCACAUCAGUGCGGACGAUGCCUGCAAAUCACGUACAUAUAUACUGUCACAAAUGAAUUCUUUUCUGUGGUCAACCU